AAUGAAGUUGAUUCAAAUCAACUCAAAAUUGUUGAGAUAGACAGUGCUGGAGUAACUCAGUGGGUCAGGCAGCAUCAAUGGAGAAUAGAGAUGGGUGACGUUUCAGGUCAGGCCCCUUCUGCAGACGGAAAGUAGAGGGGAGGGAACUGGAGGUAAGGAAAGGCCAAGACAAAUCAGGGCCAGCAACAGUUGACCAAGGAAAGCUGGAGCCCACAAUGGGCCAUUGUUGGCUGGGGAAGAGGUGAUAACGAAGGGAUACAAGGAUGCGAACAGAGGAACUAGAAGGAUGACUAGGGUGAGGGGGAGAGGAGGGGAGGGGCGAUUGUAUGCAAGGGUUACUUGAAAUUAGAGAAAUUCACGUUCAUACCGCUGCGGUGUAAGCUGCCCAAAUGAAAUAUGAGGUGCUGUUCCUCUAAUUUGCAUGUGGCCUCACUCUGACCGUGGAGGAGGCUCAGGACAGAAAGGUAAUUGGGAAUGGGGUUAGAUCAGCCAUGAUAGAAUGGCGGAGUAGACUCGACGGGCCGAAUGCCCCAAUUCUGCUCUUUUGUCUUAUGAACCGAUGUUAACUCGUGCUCGAACAAAUUUCUGUUGCAGUUCUUCAGGGGUGAACAUGAGUCGUCGGACUCGGUCUAAGACUCAACCCUCGCCAUGGUCCGACCUCAGUGACCGCAGCAACCCACAGGCCGUGCCCUGCGGACGCAAAGACACCUUGCAACAGCACAGCGAUUCUGGAAUAGCAUCACCUUUACCAUCAGGCAAAUUUAAGUUUAAAAUCUGGCACGAGAUUGAAGGAAACAACAUCAAAGGAACUCAACUACAUUCUCCAAGAGUCAGAGAAGGUCCUCCUCCUGGGGAUCUCUUUCCCAAAGACGGGAAAAGAUCUGCACUCGUGAAGAAGGAAAGUCGGGAUGAAGAAGCAAUGAAACAAAGAAGGCUGGAAAACUGGGAGAACUGUCUGGAAGUGAACCUAUCUUAUCAAGGCCUUGGUGACCCCUAUCAGCUGGAAAACUUGUUUAAGAUUCUUCGCAGGUUGAUCCGAGUGGAAAAGCUUCAACUGGCUGACAAUUUCCUGACUGAUCUCAGCUCUGUCAGACUCCCAAGGUGUAAAGAACUGAAUUUGAACAAAAAUCAUUUAUCAUCGUUUCAACAACUGCCGAAAAUUCCCCAAAUCCAGCACUUGUCACUAACUGAAAACAACAUAACGACUUUGAGUGGACUUCGUGAUCUAGGACCAUCUCCUAUAAAGUCCCUUACGUUGAAACGGAAUCCGUGUGAAUUUCAGGACAACUAUAGAUGCAGAGUUUUCUCCUCAUUGCCAAACCUAAAGACAUUAGACGGUAUUCCUAAACUGCCAGCUGAUUGUUCUCGGCCAGAGACUCCUGUGAAGUCCAAAAUGUGCACAGUUUCAUAGCUCCUAGAUACAUCGAGUUACACAGCACGGAAACAGGCCCUUCAGCCCAACACACCCAUGCCGACCACUCCACGAACAAUCCUAUGGAGUUGCCUUUAUCAUCUUUAAUUUUUUUUAAUUGUCAGGCAUUGCAAAAUGUUUUAAUACCCCGACCAAUAAAUAAAUAGUUUUGAGUAUUUUUGUAUCACUUUAUUAUGUAUUUUUAUCAGCGAAACUUUUAACUUCCAUAAAUGUUGUGUUUAAUUGUUCAUGCAGUAUAUCAUUGUUAUUUGUGCAAUAAACUUAAUAUUUAUAUAACCCUGAUAAGAUUAAAUGUAGAAUUACUGAACUGUACACAAAAAUGAAUUUUGCUGUGCCUCAGUACAUGUGACAAUCAAGUACCAUUGACGGCUUUGUUCAAAAUGUUUGCAAAUAGCCAAUAGAUAGUAGACAAUAGGUGCAGGAGUAGGCCAUUCGACCCUUCGAGCCAGCACCGCCAUUCAAUGUGAUCAUGGCUAAUCAUCCCCAAAUCAGUACCCCGUUCCUGCCCUCCCCAUAUCCCCUGACUCCGCUAUCUUUAAGAGCCCUAUCUAGCUCUCUCUUGAAAGUAUCCAGAGAACCGGCCUCUACCGCCCACCGAGGCAGAGAAUUCCACAGACUCACAACUCUCUGUGAGAAAAAGUUUCCCCAGCUCCAUUCUAAAUGGCUUACCCCUUAUUCUUAAACUGUGGCCCCUGGUUCUGGACUCCCCCAACACCGGGAACAUGUUUCCUGCCUCUAGAGUGUCCAAACCCUUAACAAUCUCAUAUGUUUCAAUAAGAAACCCUCUCAUCCUUCUAAACUCCAGAGUGUACAAGCCCAGCCGCUCCAUUCUCUCAGCAUAU